AGUAAAACGCCGCCCUCCGAAGCGCGCUCCACUCCUGCCAUAACAAUUACUACACCAACGUUUCUCAUAACAGUAUGCAAUAUAUAUUUUAUUAUUAAUAAAUUCCGGUAAAAUUAUAUUUAGUGUGUGAGUUUUAUUGAAGUUGAUCGAUCAUUGGAAAUGCUGUCAACUUAUAUCUGAAACAGUGCCAAGUAUUCCAAGGACGUGAGUUUGGAAUAUUGAAUAGAAGCCUAAAAGAAUGGAGAUAGUGAAAUUAAGUCUUAAUGCCCCUCCAUACAAAAUGUUUUUGCUAAUAAGUUUAUAUUUAACGUUUUUUGGAUCGUGCUGCGGUGAGACAAACGAUAAUCUUACGGAUGUAAUUGAAGUAUCAUCUAGCAUCGCUACUCUCCCUAGUUUCAUGACGUCGCCAUUUACUAAGCUUAUCCACUCAACUGCGUCUAGCGUAAAGCCAUUAGGGACGACAGAGCCUCUCAGCACAGCUACUCCAACAACAAAGGAAAGCGUUAAAACAACGAAAGAAUACGCCACAGAGUACCCAACCACAUCACAAAAAGUUACCACUCAAGAGUACGUGAAUACAAGGAGUACACUUAAAAGCUCAAAAACGCCAAAGUUAAGCAAUACAAAUAGUACAAGUCACUCUAUAACGCAAUUGCAAGAUCGCUUGGGGGCUAUAGACUGUGAUUUGCCCGUAUUGCCGAGGGAAUCUCGGCUCUGGCGAGGCAAUGAGACACACGAGCUCAAUUUACCCGUCACGGAGUGUGUUGGCGAACGCAACAGAGGCGAGGAGGAGUGUUCUUCGGUUAUCGUGUCGUGGGAGGGUGUCGCUGCCAUUCAAAGCGGAGAUAUUCUUAUCGUUCGCAUCGCUGACUCGUCUUCUAUUGUAAUCUAUAAUUCUAAGAACGAAACCCUGGACGCGAACUCUUCACACACCGCUGAGAAGAGAUCUCACAUAUCGGUUCAACCGGCGGUGUACCAAGUGACAAGGCAGGGGCACGAACACUGCGAUGUGUCUGAUGGGAUGCUACUUGAUAUAACGCCUCUUGAUGAGCACGGUGCCAAAAUUUUUACAUUGUACGACAAAGAUCUCACUGAAGGCGUUAAUUUACUCAUAGUGGUAUCGGAAAACUGGGGAUCACAAUGCGUUCGUCUGAAAGUUACCGUGAAAUCGGAUAACUGCGGAGAAUCUCAAGAAUGUUCCGGGAAAGGCGUUUGCUAUACGAACGUCUCUAUGGAAGGUUAUGAGUGCCAAUGUUGCCGUGGGUACGUCGGUUCUCAUUGCGAGGACAGGGAGGUUUGCAAUCCAUCACCCUGUUUGAAUAAUGGCAUAUGUGUUGACCUCACGCAACCUUCGAACGGUGCCACUUAUCACUGCCUAUGUCCAUACGGGUUCACUGGAAGAAAGUGUGAGAAGGACCCAUGUUAUUCCGCACCCUGCCUUAAUGGGGGAUCUUGUAUGAGUAUGGCAAUGAAUGGGUCGACGACCUUCCACUGCGCCUGCACUGAUGACUGGACGGGUGCUCAUUGUGAAAUCCCAGCCACUGGCGGCGUCUGCGCCUCCAAACCCUGUGUUAAAGGAAUAUGCAUUGAACAAAUAGACGGUGACGUGGAUGAUGUUAAAUAUAGAUGCUUCUGUGAACCAGGUUAUACUGGUGACCGUUGCGAGUUGGAGUACAACGAGUGUGAGUCCUCUCCUUGCGGUAACGGCGGUUCAUGUACUGACAGGGUCGGUGGUUAUGACUGUUCCUGCACUCGGGGAUAUACAGGCGAUAACUGCCAAUUGAAGGUUGACCUUUGUUCACCCAACCCCUGUCCAACCCAUCGCUACUGUAUGGAUCACGGCAGUAGUUACACAUGCGAAUGUCCCAGCGGGUUCGUUGGCGAAGAGUGUCACAUACCGGCCACUUCGGCAUGUGAUAACAACCCAUGUGCUCACGGCGGUACGUGCUGGAGCGGUGUCGAUUCAUUCUACUGUUCAUGCCGGCCAGGAUACACGGGGAAACUCUGCGAAGAGGACUUCAUUCUGGAGUCAGUGAUGGACGAGAGCGAGAGAGAAGAACAGACUGGAGGCGGCUCUGUACGGGAGAUGAGAUUACCAUUAGGGCUGUAUCACGACCGACUACACAACGUGUAUAUCGCAGCUGGGACAUUGGGCGCUGCCAUCGCUAUUGUUGGAGUUGUGGUAACAGCGUGUCACUGUCGUGUGAACAAGACCUAUUCCCGCCUAAUGUCCCGUCUGUCCCGUGUCACGGAGUCAGGUCCGCCACAUCACUGGCUGGAAGACAAGCGCGCGCCACCAGCACCCCUCCCUCCAGCACUUGACACCACGGACAUGUACUACACCCUGGACUUCAGUGACAGUCAGAGCUCACCGCUCAUACAAUAGCCAUUACUUGCGAACUGCUCCGAAGGGGAACGGUUCAAGAUUAAAAUAUAAUAAUAAAUUGCUUACAUAUUACAAAAAGUAUUAUAGAGCAGGUUUAUUUUUUGUUCUUAUUUAAAGUCUUCGUGUUUUAGUAAUACGAUAUACUAUAAUGAAAACAUACUGUAGCUUGACGACUACUUUCAUAGUUUUUAUUAUAAUAGUACGUAGCUUGCCAAAUAAUUAAAAUAUAUUUAAAUAGUAAUUUAGAACAUUCGUAUCGUAGGCAGUAGAAGCGUGUAUCGUCAAAGUUACUUGAUUGAUUUACCAUAUGACCUUGAGCGUUUAAUUUGUAGAUCCAAUUCUAAAAUCUGAUGAAUGUUGGUUAAAAUAUUUAAGUUUGGAUAAAAUUUCAAAUAAAUGAAUGUUUAAAAAUGAGUACAAAAUGUUUUAGAAAUUAUUAAGCCCAUAUAUUUGAAACUUAAUAUAAAAGUUGAUACGUAAUUUUCUACUAUUCGUUUAUUUCAUGUCAUUUUCAUGAACGCAAUAAUAAUAUCGCUAAGUUAUAGUUUAAGAUUAUCUUUUAUUUCUAGUUUCUGUAUUGAGACAUCUAAUAUGUCUGUUUAUUUAUUUAUAUUAUUCAUACACGUAGUUAUAAUGGAACAUAAUUAAGAUGCUUUAAAGUAUUGUUAUAGCAUCAUAUAUUACAUAAUUAAAUAUAGAUUUAGGUGCGAUUUAUCGGCUACGUCUUUUAUUCUUUGUGUUUAAUGAAGUGCCUGCUUCGUACUUAAAUAUUAAGUGUAGCAAAUCUAAUGAAAUCAUGUAAGUAAGAUAACUUUGUGUAUCCAAAACCAACUGUCCAUAUAGAACGACGGACAGCAAAAAAAUAUAUAAAAAAAAUAUAUUAAAAAUAGAAGGAAAUUGCGUUUUAAAGUGGACCAUUGGUUUAAGGAAGAACCCGGCGACUGACCUUCAAUCUAGAAUCUUCUUUGUAACUCCUAUUUCCUGCUGAUACUCUUCCUCGUAAUUGAUAUUUAAAAUGUACUUGUUAAGUGAUUUUCUCAAUAUUUAUCAAUCUAACUCUAAAAUCGCUCUGUGUCUAAAUUCUUAAGCUUUUGUGAUUUAUUGCUUUCGGUGUACAUACGCUAUAAUUUUCUUGUAAAAUACGAUAAGGCUUUAUUGUCUUAAUAAUAAUAUAAAGUUUACAUCAUAUAA